UCACAAAUGACUUUUAGAGUAAUAACUGUACUAUAAACCGUAAAGCUUAAAUCAGAGUUUCGCUGUAUCAAAUCACAGUUCGCGAGCUCCAGUUACGCAUGAAGUUUCAUUAUAGCUAAACAAAUUAGGGUAAAAUAAACUCUUUGAGUCAUCUCAGCACUACUUAAAAAUCUAAGAUCCGAAUUAUAAUUGUUAUAAAUUAGAAUUAUAUAUAAAUAUAAUGAUUACUUACCGACUCGUCAAGUUCUCUAGUAAUAAUAUGUAAUUCAGUAUUUUGUCUUUAGGACUAUUACAACUAAAUGCGAAUGGCUAUUAGAGAAGACAUAACGUUACCAUUGUAACUGAUUUGUAGCAUAUUAGUGGAUAGAUGUAUUUCAUGUAUGUAAUAAAUAUUGCAUUAAACGUGAAAAGGGAGACAACAACGGUCAUUUAUAUUGCUUUUUCUAUUUUGGGUUUAUUUUAAUUUAUUCUGCGUUGUUUUUUGUAACGGAGUAGAUUUUACCUGGAACACUGGGGCAUUUUCGGUGAUAUAAACUUAUAUAAUGCUUCGGCAAAAAGCAUAACAACUAAUAGGCUAUACAAACAAAUAAUAAUAAUACAUAAUAAUAAUAAUAAUAAAACACAAUAUAUAUUAAUAAGAUCCGUUUAAAAGAACUGUAAUUUAAAAUAUUUAAAAUAUAAAAACAAUUCCACUAUUACAGUGUUAAAACGGGUAUGGAAAUAUAAAAAUGCAAAAAGGUGUAAAAUUACAUUGCGGAUGAGAGUCAGAUAUUGGCUAAUAAAAAUAUGAUUCUCGUGAUGGAGGGCAAUGUUAACAUGAGAUAAUGUUUACAAAUCUGCUUAGAUAUUGCCUUGUGUUAUGCAUUAUCGGUGUCCUAUCUAACGAAGCCCGGAUGCCUUGAGGUGGCAUGUCUAAUCGACGGAGGGCACAUUGCGCUUUGAUUUCCUGCGCUUCAUGGUUGACCAGUGCAAACAACGACUACUGCGGAUCCUUAAUUGUGGGAUAUAGCCUUGCUGAUGGCGGGGACAACUUUCAUAAAUUUUUACAGUUAAACAGACACAUAAAAGCAAAAGUGCUUCAAAGUAGGGUAAUAAUUAUUUUACAGUUGGGCAAAUAAAUCGAGAGUGAACUUCUAAAACGACAGACUACAGUGAUGCGCUCUACGUGAGAGGAGGAGUGAAACGAUUCAUUGACCAGACGGCUGUCACGAGUCAAAGGCAGGUGAGGCGUAGACUGACGGAUUGCCUGUAUAUGGCUCUCACUGAUUGUCUGCCGCACGAGCUGAAUGUGUGUCCCUGUUGUGUCCACGACAGAUUACCGGCGUCCACUCAGAACAAGGCACCUCUGUUCACUGAACCAUCACGAAACUCGAGAACACAGUGUGGCGUGUGUAGACAGCUUUAUUUCGAUACAUUUAUUGCAAUAGAUGACAAUCAAAUUGGUGGACACGACAGCACAUGCAUUACUUGAUAAUGCGGGUCUCAGUUCAAGAUCAGUCAACUUAAGAUGUGUGUUUUAAGAGUUAACUGGUGUAUAAAUUGGGCUGUAUACCUGCAGUCUCAUUUAAAAAAAUAAUAUGCUAAUUUAUUAAAAACAAGAAAAUAAAGCAACAUUUUUACUAAGCAAAAAUUACAUUUAUAUCAUGCAAUUUUCUUUAAGUUUAAAUAGCUAUUAUUGCUAUAUAACGUAAACCGUCAGGCCAGACGGAGAAUUUAGUAAUCCGCACAUGCAGCCUAGGUAGCCGUCUCCGUGUUUCCUCACCCCCUGCAGCUAGGGAUUGAGUAACGCAUUGAUAAAGCAAUGUAUCACUUAUCCUGAUAGCCACAGUUCCCCCAGGACCUGUCUGUCCUAUCAAAGAGGGCGGACCAAUCACAGGCUUAAGGCUGGGUAGUUGUCCCUUUAAAGCACCUGUCUUCAUAACACCUGGUAGACGAGAGAACUGCUUCACGCAUGCUCCCACUCAGCCAUAUCCCCUAUACAGACGCACUGCUCUUCAACCAAUGAUCUUCAAAUCUUUUCAGAGAUAAAAAGCCGCCGCAUCCGUGGAUCUGACAGAUUGCCUGAUCAUCAUUAAUGACUGAGGACAUAACAAGAAGGAAUCAGAGACACAAUGCCUAGGUCUUUCUUGGUAAAGAGCAAAAAAGCACACAGCUACCACCAUCCACGGUCUUUAGAGGAUGACUACAACAGACUUGAUACUAUUUUAACUCAAAUAUGUACAGAAAGCAAAACGUCAGACGAGUUGGAGUGCUGUAUGGACACUUUGACAAGCGACACGACCGGCGGAUGUUCUCCAGAUUCUCACCUGGAUCCAGCUGAUCUUUCCUCCAAGUCUCCUCUCAGCAGCGGGGAAAGCGGGUGCGACCGCUCGUCAGAUUACGAGGACUUUUGGCGACCUCCAUCACCAUCAGCAUCACCCGAGUCAGAAAAAUCAUUUUCACCCUCCGUUGAGGAAACACAGCCCUUUGCCGUCCCGUUUAGACCUUACGCGUGGAACAGUUACUCUGGAUGUGAAAUAAGACAGCUGGUGAAGCACACUCUGAACCAUCACAACUCUCUGGAUUUAGAGCGGCCUACCCCACCAACCUAUUACAAUGAGCGCGUGGUCGAGCCCUCACUUUUCACUGAUCGAGGAACUGUCACGGGCGUUUACAACAGUUAUGGCUCCAAUGCCACCUUAUUCGAACGCUCCACUGGCUCACUUUAUGAUGACAGCAGCGUAUUGGGGAAAGGAGCUGAGAUAAAGGCCACCUCCGACGUGAUGUGUAGUCGUCUCCUGCUUAAUGGCGCAUACAAAUGUAUAAAAUGUAGCAAGGUGUUUUCUACACCACAUGGCUUGGAAGUUCACGUCCGCAGAUCGCAUAGUGGUACGAGACCUUUUGCUUGUGACAUCUGCGGAAAAACGUUCGGACACGCAGUCAGUCUGGAACAACACAGAGCUGUUCAUUCACAGGAAAGAAGUUUUGAUUGUAAAAUAUGCGGGAAAAGUUUCAAAAGAUCAUCCACGCUGUCCACUCAUCUCCUGAUACACUCCGACACGCGUCCAUACCCUUGUCAGUACUGCGGAAAGAGGUUUCAUCAGAAAUCAGAUAUGAAGAAACACACAUUCAUUCACACAGGGGAGAAGCCACACAAAUGUCAGGUGUGUGGGAAAGCUUUCAGCCAGAGCUCCAAUCUGAUAACCCACAGUCGAAAACACACGGGAUUCAAACCGUUUGGAUGUGACCUCUGCGGCAAAGGAUUCCAGCGCAAGGUCGAUUUAAGAAGACACAAGGAAACACAACACGGACUGAAAUGAGGAAACUUGCAUUUUGGACCCAGAGCUUUACCCAACACUAUAGAUCAAUACAUCUGAACUUUAAUAGACUUUUUAAUUGAUCAAGCAACAUAUGCUGUAAAUCAGUGUUUUAAAGGAGGCUAGAGUUUACAAUAGUUAUAGAUGGCUGUUUAUGCUUUGUGUGAGUUGCCUACGAGUCAGCAGUAGGCCAGCAGGUCUGGCAGCUUUUGUGAUGUUGUACAGGCUAUCAUAGAUGAUCAGUGGCCGGCUGCAAAGCCUUGCUAGGCACAGUGUCUGUACCCAAAAUAUUAUCACCAAAAUAAUCAGAGUAUAACCGCCGCGAGAAAGGACAUUGUAUCACCCAAAAUAUCAGCUGAAGGAGAGAAAAAUCACCGCACCUCAGAAGAAUGCCACUUUGUUUUUAACGCUGCAGAAGUGAUGCUGGCAAAACAAGCACUACAAUAGGCUGCGUGAUUUCAUCAAUAAAAGGAUUGUUUGUGUACUGCUGCCCAACUUAAUUGAUUUGGCAACUUAUCGAGCUUUACAUUUGUUAAACAUAAUUACAACAGCCUAAAUUUUAUUUUGCUUCGU